AUGACAUUAUUUUCAAGUUUAUUAUCAAGAGUUAGCAAAGAUGGUAAAGAAAGUAUUAGAGGAAAUUAUAAACCAAAGAAACAUCCACGUGGUUCAUCACGUCAUACAAUGAGAAAAUCAUUAAAGAAGAAUUUAGCAGGUGGUACAGUUUUAAAAGAAUCUGUAAAAUGUCCAGAUGGUGAAGAUGAAAAUGAGUGGAUCGCUGUAAAUACAAUUGAAAUUUUUAAUACUAUGAACAUGUGUUAUUCUUUCAUUCAAGGUUUUUGUACAGAAGCCUCUUGUCCUCAAAUGACUGGUGCAAAAGCAACUUAUUUAUGGACUGAUGGUAAAGGUAAACCACAAGAAUUAUCAGCACCACAAUAUAUUGAUAAUUUAGUUAAUUGGAUCAGUGAACAAAUUGAUAACCCAGAAAUUUUCCCAGUUGAUGAUUCAGAUUUCCCUAAGAAUUAUCGUCCAGCUGUAAUUAAAAUUAUUAGUAGAGUACUUCGUGUUUAUGCUCACAUUUAUCACGCACAUUGGGAUCACAUCCAAAAAUUGGAUUGUUAUCAACAUACCAACACUUCACUUAAACAUCUUCAAUAUUUUGCAGAACAUUUUAGUUUAAUUGGUGAAAAAGAUUUGGCUGUUAUGAAACAUGUAUUUGAUACUUUAUAA